CCUUCACUUUCACAUCACAAACAUCCUCUUCUCUGAAGGGGAUUGCAACCCCUUCUCUUCUCCGUUGUAGUUGUAUAUAUACUAUCACCUUCGACCUUUUUAAUUACCACAUUCAUUUUGAGAUUGAGUAGUCUAAGUCUACUCUCCUUAAGUACAAACAAUACAUACACAAUACAAAUUUAUAACCCAAGGUCGCAGCUAUGAGGAGGAUCAUCUUUUCUUUUCUCGCCUUCGUCCUCACCCUUUCCCCAGUCUUCGCUGAUCCCGACUUGCUCCAGGACCUCUGCGUCGCCGAUCUCAACUCGACGGUGAAACUGAAUGGUUUCGCUUGCAAGGCCGCGGCUGCCGUGAACGAGACGGACUUCUUCUUCGCAGGACUGGCCAACCCCGGUUCCACAAACAAUACGAUGGGUUCCCUGGUCACUGGGGCCAACGUGGAGAAGAUCCCUGGCCUCAAUACGCUCGGUGUGUCAAUGUCGCGCAUCGACUACGCCCCCGGUGGGUUGAACCCGCCUCACACCCACCCCCGCGCCACCGAGAUGGUCUUCGUCCUCGAUGGCAGCCUCGACGUGGGCUUCAUCACCACGACGAACAAGCUCAUUUCCCAGACCAUCAGCAAAGGUGAUAUAUUCGUCUUUCCCAGGGGGCUCGUCCAUUUCCAGAAGAACAAUGGCAAAGUUCCGGCGGCCGUAAUCGCUGCCUUCAACAGCCAGCUACCUGGGACGCAGUCCAUCGGUGCCACGCUCUUCGCAUCAACGCCAUCGGUGCCGGACGCUGUGUUGACCAAGGCGUUCCAGGUUGGAACCAAGGAGAUCGAGAAGAUCAAGUCCAGGCUGACCCCCAAAAAAGUGAUUUAAGAUCUUAUGGCUGUGGGCUUUAAUUUGUGAUUCGCUGAGACUGAAUCGAUACCGAUAUUAUGUACUCCUAUGUAUUUGUCUUUGGAAAAGUAAAACAAUCGGGAGUGCGCUAAUAAUAACUGACUAUUAUUUGUGAUCA